ACCCAACGGCUAAGAGCUUGUAGUAGGGUGGGGAAGAAGAAAUGACUUGUGGGAUGUGAAGAAGCCGGCGGCGGCAACACAGCCAGGAACGGAGAAGCGUGUGGCACGCGGAAGACAACAGCAGGAGGAACAGCGGGAAAUAACAUAUCUGUUUAUACGCUUCAUUCAAUGCCCAACAUACCGUCUUUGCGCACACGGUGACAGGAAGAAAAAGUUCAGAUCCCACGAAUCAACGCGUGGGAGUGGGGAGCAGAAUCGUGACUGACUGAGGCAAGCUCCACUGUCUGUCUCGGCAUGGCAGGAUCUGGAGGCGACAUGCAGUGGUGCUUCUCUCAGGUGAAAGGAGCCAUUGAUGAUGACGUAGCAGAAGCUGACAUCAUAUCCACAGUUGAGUUUAACCACACUGGGGAGCUGCUCGCCACUGGAGACAAGGGUGGACGUGUGGUGAUUUUCCAGCAGGAAAUAGAGAACAAGAAUUAUCCUCAGUUACGGAGCGAGUACAACGUUUACAGCACCUUCCAGAGCCACGAGCCCGAGUUCGACUACUUAAAGAGUUUGGAAAUAGAAGAGAAGAUCAACAAGAUCCGCUGGCUUCCUCAGAAGAACGCUGCUCAGUUCCUGUUGUCGACCAAUGAUAAGACAAUAAAAUUGUGGAAAAUCAGUGAACGAGACAGGAGAGCGGAUGGUUAUAAUCUGAAAGAAGAGGACGGACGAUACAAAGAUCCAAACAGUAUCACAUCGCUGCGGGUACCAGUUUUAAUCCCGAUGGACCUCAUGGUGGAAGCCAGUCCUCGGAGGGUAUUUGCCAAUGCUCACACCUACCAUAUCAACUCUGUCUCAGUCAACAGUGAUCAUGAGACCUACCUGUCGGCAGACGACCUGCGCAUCAACCUAUGGAACCUAGAGAUCACCGACCGCAGCUUCAAUAUUGUUGACAUUAAACCAGCUAACAUGGAGGAGCUUACAGAGGUGAUCACAGCGUCAGAGUUUCACCCUAACCAGUGUAACACCUUUGUCUUCAGCAGCAGCAAAGGAACCAUCCGUCUUUGUGACAUGAGGGCCUCGGCUCUGUGUGACAAGCACUCCAAACUGUUCGAGGAGCCGGAGAAUCCCAGUAACCGCUCCUUCUUCUCUGAGAUCAUUUCAUCCAUCUCAGACGUUAAGUUUAGUCACAACGGACAGUACAUGAUGACUAGAGACUACUUGUCUGUGAAGAUCUGGGACCUAAAAAUGGAAAACCGGCCGGUGGAGACGUAUCAGGUUCACGAGUACCUGAGGAGCAAGCUGUGCUCGCUCUACGAGAACGACUGCAUCUUCGACAAGUUUGAAUGCUGCUGGAAUGGCAAUGACAGUGUGGUGAUGACCGGCUCAUACAACAACUUCUUCCGGAUGUUCGACCGUGAGCACAGGCGGGAUGUAACGCUGGAAGCGUCCCGGGAAAACAGCAAACCACUGCAGGUCCUGAAGCCCCGCAAGGUGUGUACAGGUGGCAAACGCAAGAAGGAUGAAAUCAGCGUGGAUAGUUUGGACUUCAACAAGAAAAUCCUUCACACUGCCUGGCACCCCCUGGACAACAUCAUUGCCGUGGCAACGACUAACAACCUCUACAUAUUCCAGGACAAGCUAACAGGAUGAGCUUGUGGUAACCUUUGAUCGAGAUGAUCCGUGGUCAGCUCCCAGCAUCCUUCUCUGUUGCUACUGGGUAACCAAACUUUGCCACUUUGUUCCAGAUGUGGACAGAAGACUACUCUGUGGCAGAGUCACACCUUCCUUGUUGUUUAGGUGAUGUUGUGCCAAUUCUGUUUUCCUUUUGUCUUGUUUUUUGCCUGCCCAUCUCCUCUUUACUUUUUUAAUGUGAGGGGGGAAAAAAACAUUUAUUUUCUUUUAAUUUCUGAUGACAGACUUUUAUUUUUCUAAGUUCCCCUCUAAGUGGCUCUGUGGUAGAACUGUUUAGUCUGUCCCCCGUUUGUCCCGUGCCACUGUAGUGUUUAUUUUUCUAAGAAAAUGUAACCUUUAUUUGUGUGUACACCUUUUUAGUGAGUUGUCAGGUUAUUCCCAUCUCCCAUGUUUAUUAGAGGUAACACAAGUACGCUUGGUUUUCUUUUUUGUUUAAAUACAUUUACUGUUCACACCGGACAGUAACACCUCAACAGUUGCCUCCAGGAUUUUAAAAUAGGUGUGUUAUCUCAGAUGUGGGUCUGGUGAGGCGCCAUCCUGCUCACUGUCGCUGUGCCUCAUGCUCUGAACUCCAGAGGAGACUUUGUUUCGUUUGAGAUUGGUUCCAUCUUGACAUCUUUGUGCGUCGGUUCCUCUUCCUCCUCUUGUUUUGUGUGCAACACUAGUUGGGUAUGAGAGAACGCCUAUACAAAGAUUGUCAUAUUUAUAUUAAAAAAAGGAAAAGUUUAAAACAUGGUCAGAUGUGUUUUUGUUAAAGGAAGCUGGACCUUGAGCAUAUCUCUUUGAGUGAUCUUAAGUAUUGUCUUUCCAUGGCGAUCCACAGCUCUCUACAAGUAUUUCACAACAGGGAUUUGACUCUGGACUCUAACUGCACCAAACAAAGUACGUGGAUGUCUGUGUUGUAAGACUAAUUUAAAAUGGUGCAUUAUUUGAGGCAUAGAACUUUUUAACUACUGCAGAAAAUCGCUGCUUUAUGUUGUUAUAAUAAAGCAGCAAAAGUAUCAAACUGCUUGUCCACCGUAUUUAAAAUGAGGAUAUUUAAGACACUGAUGCCUCUAAUAAUGUAAAACUACAAUUUUACUCUUGACAGUGGCAGGAAAAGGAAAAAUAAAGGAACUAUUUUGCAAA